AGGUUUUCCUCUUGGACCGUGGAAGCUGUCCGUGCUUGGAUAUCUGCUAGAAUUUCAUAUUGGGAACCCUUUGAAUCACUUGGAUCAGGGACUAGGCAGGAGAGAAACACAGAACGAGACUCGGCAUGGCUGUUUUAAGUUGGCUGCUUGUUCUUUGCCUCCUAUUCUUCUGGUUCUGGAAGAGCAGACGUCUCACAGGCUUUCCCCCAGGGCCAUGGAGGCUGCCCCUGCUUGGGAAUCUACUUCACUUCAUUAAGAGGGACCCACUGAAGGGCUUGGAUCAACUAACAAAAAAAUAUGGUCCUGUCUUCAGCCUUUAUCUGGGAGGAACUCCUGCAGUCUUCAUUCAUGGGUUUCCUUUAGCAAAAGAGGCCCUCGUGGUAAAAGGCAUAGAAUUUGCUGGGAGGCCAGCAUUUCCUCUAAUGGAUUCCCUCACCAAAAAUAAAGGUUUACUGACAAUAACAUAUGGUGAAUUUUGGAAGGAGCAAAGAAAGUUUUCUGGGAUGCUUCUCAGAAACUUUGGAAUGGGCAAAAAAUCAAUGGACGCAAAGAUCCUGGAGGAAGCAUCUUAUCUGAUUCAAGCAUUCACCGAAAACAUAAACGUGCCUUUUGAUCCAAAUGGAUUUCUGGACAUUGCGGUUGCCAACAUAAUGUCUACCAUAUUAUUUGGAAAACAUUUUGAAUAUGAUAACAGCUUCCUCAAAACUAUGCUGGAUAUGAUACAUCAAAAGUCCCGAAUGCUAGCAGGACCCUGGGUCUUGAUUUACAACGAGGUGCCCUUAGUGAGAAGUCUUCCCCUUCCCCAUCAGGAAGUAAUCACACUUACGAAGAAAACAGAAGCUUUCUUUCAAAAACAGAUAGAUGAGCACAAGGCAACAAUGACUCCAGGAGAACCUCGAGAUUUCACCGAUGCGUAUUUAAAAGAAAUACAGAAGCCUGAGAGGGAAGGUUCAAGUUUUGAAGAACAGCAACUGCUAAUCUUACUAUCUAACCUGUUUUUGGCUGGAACAGAGACAAUGACAGCAACAUUGCAGUGGACAUUGCUCUAUUUGAUGGCCUUUCCAGAGGUCCAAGAGAAAUGCUGGAAGGAAAUAGACACAGUUGUGGGAAACAAGGCAAUCUUGAAGUACGAAGACCGAGGAAAGUUGCCCUACACAAAUGCCGUCAUUCAUGAAAUCCAACGCAUUUCAACUGUUGUUCCUCUUGGACUACCUCACGCCCCCAUUAAAGAUGUGCAGCUUUUUGGAUAUAAAAUUCCCAAGGACACCAUGGUUUUAGUCAAUAUCCAGUCUGCCCAUCGUGAUGAAUCUCAGUGGAAGUUCCCCAAUGAGUUCAACCCUUCCAACUUCCUGAAUGAAGAGGGAGACUUUGUGAAGCCGGAAGCCUUCAUGCCGUUUUCAGCAGGGCCGAGAGUCUGCUUAGGAGAAAACCUGGCUCGGAUAGAGCUCUUCCUCUUCUUCAUCACCAUUCUCAGGAACUUCCAGUUAUCGUGGCCAGAUAAAUCUCAAGCUCCAGAUUUUACACCACACUUUGGGGUUACACAAUCCCCAUCUCGCUUUAAGGUGUUGCUGAAAUGUCGCCAGCCAAAUGCGUAGAUUGAAGUGAGGAUCUGCAAGGCAACCGAUUCAAGGCCAUCCUAUUCUCUUCAACAGCCAGCCUUCUCUACUUCAAAUUCACCACCAAUUCAUUUUUUGAA